UAUAUAUAUCACGUUGAACAAUGCUAUAAUAUUAGUAAUAUUAGUAAUAUCAGUUAUAAAGCAUACAAAUAUUUACAGAUAAUGGGCUCAGCUCCAAGUAGAGCAGUAUUCGCGGUCAGUAGUGAUGUCUAUCAUGUGUACCUCCACACUGGUUGCAAGCUGCCACAAGCCAACACGAUAAAAAAGAUCGACGGUACUAUAAAGAUCACCAUUAACCCCGGUGCUAACGAAGACGACGAUCCUGAAGCAACGGUUUGUCAGUCGAAAAUACUGAAAAUAAAGGAAAAAUUCUCUUCUCACAGCGAGGGAACAGUGGACGUUGAGUUUUGGGUACCGAAAGAGGAACGAGUUGGUGAGCCAAAACUUCUAAAAAUUGAGUUGGAUGGAGGUUCAUGCAGCUGCAUUUGCACGAAAGACCCUCUUUACAUUCGAGAGGUAACAGUGAUGUGGGAUAAUAAAACCUACAGGUUCCCCAUACACAACUACCUUAGUCCAUACACCCCCUCUAGAUCCUGCUGUGGGUCUAAAGAAGAUGGCACUCCCCAGCAAGGAUGUGUUCCAUAUCUUUAUGCAACGCCAGGACACGGUACUCUGAAACACAAUGAAACGGAAGAUUUCAUAUUGAGAGCCAGGGAGAAAGAUCACAACAUCACCCAUUCAAUGAUGCCCUGGGAAAACGCGGAUAAAGUAGGACCAAUACCUAGCUGGAUUGAUGUGAAGGGUGGUGAGUACGAGAACCUGCCUAGGUUCCUCCAAUUCCGAGAUGCUUGGCUGGAUGCCUUCGAAGGAGCGAGAGACGCAGGUGAGGAUAAGAUGAAAUGUCCUGUUAUCCUCAACAAAGUUUGUAGUUGCUGUUGCGGCGGGCCUCCUCAACGCAACUUCAAAUCAUUCACCGACUAUGCAGACUCCUUCACUAAGAUGGGUGAAUCUGUAGGAUGGAAUAAAAAAGACAUUCAGGACGGUCUGAAGGUGGGCCAAAUUUUCCAUCACGACGCAGAGUUUGCCCGUCAAAUCAUUCAGGGUCCGAACUCGACGAGGUUAAGGAGAGUGGAAAAUCUUUCCGACACAUGGCAGGAGGCAAUUGACAAAGACAUGCUCCCAACAUAUGCAAUUGAUGGAGAAGAUCUUAAUGCUGUCAUCAAAGAUGGACGACUUUUUGAAAUAUUGUAUUCAGAAAUACUGAAUGAUAUCGGCCAUGGCGGUGAGAAGAGCAAAUUUAUAACUGGAACAACACAAACAUGGUACGUAGUUCAAGCCGACUGUCUACUUUUCCAGAGUAACACGCGUCCUAAGGACGAAUCUUUUGUCCCCGUCUUGAUACGUUUAGAAAAUAAGAAUGAUGGGGAGAAACAAACCUGGUGGCAUCCAGCCGAGAACGAUACCAGUAUGACUGAUCCGAAGUACUUGUCUUGGCUUCUAGCCAAAAUGUAUUUUAGAUGUGCUGAUUGGGGAAUCUACAGCAUUGGAACUCACUACGCAAGAGCACAUGCCAUGAAUGAGGUGUUUGCCUCGUCCAUGUAUCGCAAUCUACCAAGUGCUCAUCCCUUGCUUAGACUUCUACAGCCCCAUUUCCAAGGAAUCAUCGGAAUCAAUAUGCAAGCAAGGAAAGUUCUAAUCAGUCCAACAGAAAAUGCCUUUGCUAAUUUUAUGUCUUCCGGUGAUGAUCUGCCUCAACUACUGGUAAACUGCUGUAAAGAGCUGGACUACGAACACUUAGUCAUUCCUAAAGACUUUGAAAGCAGAGGACUUAAAGAUCUGCCAAACUUCUUUUUCAGGGAUGAUUCAGAGGAUUUGUGGAUGAUCCUACUAGACUACGUUAAAAACAUGGUGGAUUUGUCCUAUCUGAGCGAAGAUGACGUCUCUAAAGAUACCGAAUUGCAGAAGUUUGUGGAAGAAAUCAGAGGUCCUGGCUUUGAAGGGUUUGGUGGAGCAGGUUUCCCAGAAUCUAUCGAAACUAAAGAAAAGUUGGUUGAAUAUCUCACUGCGCUCAUUUUCAAUGUGUCUUGUUUCCACACAGGUGUAAACUUCCAGACCAACAAAUACCUGGGCCACCUUGUUAACGCACCACCAAGUCUCAGACUGCCACCACCAGAACAGGACGAUGUGAUCACCAUGGAGCGUAUCAUGAACAGUCUCCCACAAUACGAAGUCGCUCUGGCAACCAUGGUCAUCAUAGGGGUACUAAGUAACUUCUCUCCAAUCGAGCGAUUUUAUGUGGAGACAAAAGCAGAAAAUAGGCAAGGAUAUCUGGGAGAAAACUUGGCCGUUUCGCUGGAGCAGGAGGGCCAUAUUAAGGAUAUGGUGAAGGAAAUGGAGAAGCUCAGGGACAAAAUAGCAGACAGAAAUAAAGGGAAGUAUUUAGCGUAUGAUGUGUUGAGCCCUAACAACAUUCCCAUCACCACCCAGACAUGAUCAACUGAGAAUGUAAAAUCCGGAUCGGAACAUUAUUUAGGACUAGGAGUAGCACAGUUGAAAUGUUUCUUAGGUAAAAAUGUGUAUUGUUUUUGUUUUUGUUUGUUUCUAUGUGUUGUCACUGCAUUUCAAUAUUGAGUUCUGAUUAUUUGUACAUGAUUUUCCCCAUUCGAAUUUUGA